CAUUGAACAUCGCUCAUCCCCUAAAGCAAACAUGGCGACGGCAGCCUUGUCUGUUGACAGUCGCCGGCUUUAAACUAUUUAUUUCAGACCUCUGCAGUCGCAACUUGCACACUAAUCUUUAUACCUACACCACGCGCAUCUCACGUCCCAGUGCACCGCAGCUGCCAUGUCCAGAAAAACGGACGCCACAGGGUCCCAGAGCUUGUCCUCUGGCAGCAGCGAGCCUGUCAAGUCCCACAGGACGACGAUACAGAGCGGUCGUAUAGCCAUGGUGGCGAUGGACUCGACCACCGCGCCCUUGACGGACGAGGCGAUGAGCUCCAACUAUCACACGGCGUUCACGACCGGGUCGGAGAUGACGUAUCCGUGCGGGACAGAGGUGGAGGACAAUGUGGACGGCAGGAGCGACACGGUGGAGUCGGCGACGACGAAAUGUAUCAAGGAGGUUAUGAGACAACGAAAGGUCAGUUGGGGGUCACACGUCAGAAACUGGCUAUCCGUUGUGGCGUAGGAAUGGAGAGGGUGGUCCGUCUCUGGCGGCACAUUUCACAUUUCUCUUAUAUUUAGGGGCUGCAUUUUCGUUCAACUGCAGAUGAUUUUCUGCUUGGAAGAAGGUGUUAGAAAGCUUGACCCAUGCUGACGGAACUAACCCAAGCUGCGGCACUGUUUGGGGGUGGGGGGAGAAUCUUUUUUAAAGUUGUUUUCGCGGGAAGCAAGAUGGUGAUUGACAGAGUUAAAUAGUGAUGCCAUUUCAUAUUUUAAAUUAUCUAUAAAUCUCUUUUAGUUUCAGUGUUGUAAUUAUUGAGUGUACAAAAAAAAAAGAGGCUAAAGUAGACAAUUCGCUCAAUGACGUCAUGAAUGUGUUUAUUUACCUCAAUAGGUUUAGGUUUCAGGUUAGGUAAAGGGAUAUGUUUAGGGUUAUGGGUUAGGUUUAAGGAUAGGUUUAGCGUGACCUUUCAUGGGUCGUGGCAAUCAAAAUUGCGGCUGUGGCACGGAUUGUCUGAAUUUACCAAAAAUAAUAAUUUAUAAAGAAUUUGAUGUAGGCAGCGAAAUUUUCGGACGAGAUCCCACGUUUGACCAUGACAUGUAGAUAUUACUGUGGUCAAAAUUCAGAGACUGCAACAUGGCUUAUUAUAUUAUGAUGAAAUGACUAAGAUUUAAAUAUUAAGUUGUGAUUCCCUUUUUUUUUUAAAGUCAAAGACAAGACGAUAGCCUGUAAGGUUUCAUUCGAUGAUCACUUUUCCUUUUGUCCAACCAACAUCCUCAGAUGAUGCGACGCAUCCCACUGAUCACCCUGGGCACCACCACGACCUUCGUGGCCUUCAUCAUCGUCGUCGCCUUUAUAUGGUCAGCGCGACACACGGCGGCGACAGCCUAGCGCCCUGGUACACAGUCCACCAGCCACCAGAGGUCGGGUUCCUCAGCGUGCAGGCAGAGUCGGUUACAGGCUAACAAUUUCAGCUUGGUUGUGCCCACUAAAAGCCAUCCAUCUCAAACGUGGACCAAUCAUCAACUGGUCAGACUGAAACAUUCCCACCAAGCAUGAUUAAAUCAUCUCAUGCUUAGAUUGAAACUUUCUCCCAAGCAUGGACCAUCAGCAAAUGAUCAGAUUGAAACUGUCGUCCAAGCACGGUCCAUUAGAAUAUUGUCAGACUGAAACUUUCUUCCAAGCAUACUCCAUUAGAAUAUGGUGGGAUGAAAUUUUCUCACAAGCACGGUCCAUCAGAAUAUGGUCAGAUUGAAACUUUCUCCGAAGUUUUGAUCUUCCAACCAAUGUUGAUGACCUGAUGCAACGCUCUGAUUUUAGUAUCUUGAACAUUACACCUGACCACAUUAUACUUAACCACAUGACACUUGACAACUUUUCUACUGAAAUAGUUUGAAAGUGCAUACAUAUUUACACAUUCAUGAAACAUUCUCUCCAAGCAAUGUCAAAAUUUAAAUCUUAUGUCGAGUUUCUUUAGGGGAGGAGAAUAUUAUGUAUAUCAAAUUUUAUAGACACUCGGUUAUUGGGAUAGUGGUCUACGGAAGCCACUAGAGGCUUAGCGGGUGUACACUUGCAUGAAAAAUUUAUGAUUUGGUUGAAAUGAUCUCUUAACAUCCAGGAUUAGAAUUUAUUUAAUUAUUAGCGUGUCUCAUAUUUGAUUUUAACUUUAGAAAAAUGAUGAUAAAAAAAUAACAAAUCAAAACAGAAAAAUGUGUGUGUCUUAAAAGCUGAAAAUCUAGUGUAAUAAACAUUGCUAAACAUGA